AUGGGGGCAGCCUCUUCUAGGUCCUCAUCCGGUCGGAGUUAUGAUGUGUUCCCGAGCUUCAGAGGUGAAGACACUCGCAACACCUUUACUGCUCAUCUUUACAAUGCGUUGGAUGAUGCUGGAAUUCACACUUUCAAGGACGAUGAACGACUCUGCACGGGUGAGGAGAUCGGCCCAGAGCUACUAUCUGCGAUCGAGCAAUCAAGAAUCUCGAUCCCCAUCUUCUCGAAGAACUACGCGUCGAGCAAAUGGUGCCUCAAUGAGCUCGUCAAGAUAGUUGAAUGCAGGAAAACCAUGAAUCAACUUGUCCUUCCCAUCUUCUACGAUGUUGAUCCAUCUGAUGUCCGUAACCACACUGGGAGCUAUGCGGAGCAUAAAGGGACAUUAGUAAAGUUAGUUGUUGCAGAAGUUUCUGCUAAAUUAAGAAAAGAUUUUCAGAUUGUUCCUGAUGACCUGGUUGGAAUCCAAUCUCAUGUAGAAAAAAUGGUGAACUUGCUAGACAUUACAUCUGAAGAAAUAAAGAUUGUGGGAGUCUGUGGGCUGGCUGGGAUUGGUAAGACUACUAUCGCCAAGGUUGUCUACAAUACAAUCUUGCAUCAAUUUGAAGGAUGUAGCUUUCUUGCAAAUGUUCGAGAAUCCUCUCAACAUUAUAGGGGACUUGUCGAUUUGCAAAAUCAACUUGUCUCUAAUAUAUUGAAAGGAGCAAGACCCAACAUCACGAAUGUAGAUGAAGGAAUUAAUGUGAUGAGUAAAAGACUUUGCAAAAAAGUUCUUAUUAUUCUUGAUGAUGUGGAUGAAAAUUUUCAAUUAGAUGCAUUAAUCAGGAAGUGUGGUUGGUUUGGUUUGGGAAGUAGGAUUAUAAUCACAACAAGAAAUGGGCAUAUCUUAGCUAGUAAUGAAGUGGAUAAGAUAUACGAGCCCAAUGAAUUAGAUGCAAAUCAAUCUCUUCAACUAUUUCCCAGGCAUGCCUUCAAAAGGGACCAACCUCCGGACGACCAUCUAGAUCUCUCAAAUGACAUUGUAAAGAAUACUGGAGGGCUUCCCUUGGCUCUUGAGGUUAUCGGUUCAUCUUUAUUUGGUAUGAGAAAAUCAGCAUGGCUAGAUACGCUAAAGAUGUUGCAAGGUGAUUUUCUUCAUGAUAAAGUUAUGGAAAAGUUGAAAAUAAGUUAUGAUGGCUUAAAGGAUUUGGAGAAAGAGAUAUUUCUUGAUGUUGCAUGCUUUUUCACUGAAAUGGAUAAAAAUAUUGCAUGUCUCAUAUGGGAACACUGUAACUUUUACCCUGGAAUAGGAGUUGAGGUUCUUUGCCAGAAGUCUUUGGUAAAGAUUGGUGAAAAUAACGAAUUAAAGAUGCAUGAUCUGCUUAGAGAUCUUGGAAAGGAAAUCAUUCGUCAUGAAAACCGUAAGGUGCUUGGAGGGCAUAGUAGGUUGUGGUCUCAUGAGGAAGCCUUGGAAGUAUUAGAUUCACAUACGGGGACGGAUAGAGUUGAAGGGUUGUGUAUUGAUUUCGGAGGCAGUUCAAGAAGCCAACGAUGUUUGAUGAGUGAAGGAUUUAUUAGAAUGAAAAAACUCAGGUUACUCGAAGUUGAUUAUGCGCACUUUGCUCCAGACUUCACGCCUUCUUUUUCAGAUCUGAUAUGGCUUAGAUGGAAAGGAUGCCCUCAGGAAUUUACACUAACAAAAUUUGAUCCAGUAAAGCUUCUUGUUCUUGAUCUGUCAUAUAGUCUUGUUACAAUUAAUUGGAUGGGUUGGAAGUACCUCGAGGUGGCAAAAAAUCUAAAAGUUUUGAAUCUGGGAGGGUGUCGAUACCUAUACCGGACUCCUGAACUAAAUCAUCCCUUGGAGAUCUUGAUUCUUGAAAACUGUGAAAAUUUGGUUGAGAUUGAUGAAUCCAUCAGCAGUCUUCAGAGGCUAGUCAUAUUGAAUAUGAGGGGAUGCACGAAACUAAGGGAUCUACCAUAUGUCAUCUGGGGGUUGACUUCUCUCAGAAACCUCAACAUACAUCAAUGUGAAGGUUUGGACAAGUUACCUGAUUCCAUAGGUUUUCUCAAAAACCUAGAGACUUUUGAUGCCAGUUUUUGUUAUAUGAGGUAUGGAGCAAUUCCGGAUGCUUUAGGGUGGCUAAUUUAAGGUUCUGUUACAAACUGCAAUCGCUCCCAGAAUUUCCUUCUAGUUUGAAAAUUUUAAAUGUUAUGAGAUGCAUAUCUUUGAGAUCACUCCCAAGGCUUUCAAACCUGACAAAUUUAGAGGUAUUGUGUCUUGAUGAUUGUGAAAAUCUAGUGGAGAUGCCAGAAUUUUCAGGGCUCAGAAAUUUAGAGAAAUUAAGUCUUGAUAAUUGUCAGAGAUUAGAAGAGAUUAAAGGCCUUGAAGGGUUGGAUUCCCUACAACUGUUGACAAUGAAGAAUUGUGGAUCAUUAACAAAAAUUGAGAAAAUAUCUGAGGAAACUGAAAGAAUUAAUCUUGAGAAUUACCAAGAAUUCUCUGGGCAAUGUAUUAAUCUUGAGAAGUGCAAGCUUUUUUUGGGAAAAGUUGCUCCUGAUCGUAGACAAACAAUUUCUGAUACCUUAGAAAUUCCUAUUUGUAGCUUCCCUACUCGCUAUUUUGGUGUGGAAUAUUUUAGGGGAAGGGUAAAGAAGGAGGUGCUGAUGCCUGUGAUGGACAGAGUUAAAGGCCGUUUAGCUGGUUGGAAAGGAAAGCUUCUGUCAAUGGCGGGAAGGGUAGAAUUGGUUCGGUUGGUUGUAUCUGCCAUUCUAAAUCAUAGCUUUGUAGUUUAUUGGUGGCCAUCAUCUCUCCUUGAAACAAUGGAAAGAUGGAUGAGAAACUUUAUUUGGACUGGCGUAGUGGAUUCUUUUAAGGCGAUCACGGUCAGGUGGGACUUUGUUUGCAAGCCAAAGGAGUAGGGGGGCUUGGGGAUUAGAAGACUUAAAGAUACAAAUAUGGCUAUGCUCAGUAAGAUGGUGUGGCGCUUCAAGCAUGGGAAGCAUGCCGCCAGUUCUUUUCUUAGGGCAAGAUUUGUCAAGAAAAAUGGAGUUUUUAAGAUGGGCUGCAGGCAAUCCUAUCGCCUUGGGCAUCUGAAAGGUGUGGAAGUUUGUGGAUCUAAAUGAAAGGUGGAUCAUCAAUAAUGGGGGCCUAGCAAGAUUCUGGAAAGAUAAGUGGUGGGGACCCAAGGCCGUCAUGGACGGGAUUCAAGAUGCGGAUAUCUCUCUCCUGGACUCUGAUGGCAAAGUAGGUGAUAUUAUUCGAAAUGGCGAAUGGACCCUUCCAGGCCUGAACUCAGACCUAUUGCAGACUAUUUUUAAAGCAAUUAAAGAGGUUAAAAUUCCCACUGAUCGCCGGUUGCAUCAAUCUAAAGGAGUUUCAUGGCCUCAGUGAAUCGGAACUCUGGAUGAUUCAAGGCCUCAAUAUAUUUGAAACCUUGAAGAGGUUGGAUUUUAAUAAUUGCAUAUCUAUAGAAAGAUUACCGGAUCUCUCCUACUAUAGAAACUGGAAGCAUCUAUCCAUUGUCGGGUGUGUCAAUCUAAAGGAGAUUCAAGACCUCAAUAGAUUGGAAUCAUUAGAGAGGUUGGAUUUUACUGGAUGUGAGUUUAUAGAAAGAUUCCCAGAUUUCUCCAACUUGAGAAAAUUGAAGCAUUUAUCCAUUGCCGGGUGCAUCAAUCUAAAGGAUAUUCAAGGUCUCAAAGGAUAAUCUUUGGAGACAUUGGAUUUUAAUAAUUGUUUAACUAUCGAAAGAUUACCAGAUCUCUCCAACUUAAGAAACUUGAAGCAUC